ACUCGCGGAUAAACCUCUUGCAGGACAACACGCUGCGAGGGCGUGCAACUGUGCACGAGGGAGUUGUGUGAGCAUGCAUGCGCGUGUAUGUGUGUACGCGGUGCCCCCUACCCUAGCCCUCCAUAUCUCUCCACAGGACCGCCAGCCCCGUCUAGAGUUAUUCCAGGAAUGCGAUGAACAUGGCCGCCGCGAUGAAGGCGCAGAAAACGGGACUGCUGGAGCUCCGGGUGACCGUGGACCGCUGGACUCGGGUGCUGGCCACACUCACCGAGGACACGCUGACGGUCAACCCCGGCGAGGGCGCAGACGAGGCGGCCAAAACUAAUCCGAAUUCCGCGGGGGCGAUUAACGGAGACCCCCCCAAUCUCAGCUCGUGUCCCGUUCCGGAGACCAUCACCAACGUGAAGCGCACGGUGCGAGUCACCAAACAAGAUGUUGGAGGACUCGGCAUUAGUAUUAAAGGUGGGAAGGAGAACAAGAUGCCCAUUCUCAUCUCCAAGAUUUUUAAGGGCUUGGCCGCUGACCAGACAGAGGCGCUUUAUGUGGGUGACGCCAUAUUGUCUGUCAACGGCUGCGACUUACGGGAGGCCACGCACGAUGAGGCUGUGCAGGCCCUGAAAAAGACUGGCAAGGAAGUCAUUCUUGAAGUGAAAUACAUAAAGGAGAUGUCUGCCUUCUUCAAGAGUUCGGGCUCUCCUGGGGGAGCUCUCCCAUGGGACUCUCCUCCCCCAACGCCUCAGAAGGGUGCUGACCUCUUGUCCGCCGAGUCAAGGGAACCCCGCAGCAUCCCCAUAAAAAUGUGCCAGGUGUCUCGCAAGCAGUGCCCCCCUGACACAGAAAACCGGUACUUCGAGGUUGUUUCCCACAACAGAAAGAACUCUGUGUUCUUGCGGGCCAAAGACCCAGCCAUGGCCCAGUCCUGGUACAAUGCCAUCCAGGCUUGUACUGCCAACCUUUUACCACAAGUGAAGGAGGAGUUGAAGAAGUUGCAGCCAGGAAUGGAAGUCAAACACUUGGGCUGGAUUACAGAACAGGCGGUGCAAGGACCGGAGAGGCCGGUCCUCGCAGUGCUGACUGACCGGGAGCUGCUUCUCUACCCCGCCUUGCCCGAAAGCAAAGAUGCCAUCAGCAGCCCCGCUAAGAGUCACCCUCUCAUCACCACCAGACUAGUCCACUCCGGGCCAGGGAAAACCUCUCCUCUGCUAGAAUCGGAGCUUUCAUUUGGGCUACGUUCUGGCACAAAGCAAGGUGUUGAGACCCAGGUUUUCCGGGUGGAUUCCCCAAAAGAGCUGUCGGCGUGGACUCACCUUCUGGUCGACGGCUGCCACAAUGCCGCCGAACUCAUCAAGGAGGUCACAACAGCCUGCAGCUGGAACGGAAAGGAGUGCACCCUGGGAGUGCACAUCGAUGAGGGUUUCACGCUAUUCACGGAAGAGUUGGGCGUCCGCAAGAGCGUCUUGCUGCAGCAUCCUUUCGAGCGGCUGAGGAUGUCUUCGGAUGACGGCGUCCGUAUGAUGUUUCUUGACUUUGGAGGGCCUGAGGCUGAAAUUCAACUGGAUCUUCAUUCAUGCCCCAAGACGAUCGUAUUCAUCAUUCACUCGUUUCUCUCCGCCAAGGUUAAGCGACUCGGCCUCCUGGCAUGAUGACAUCAGUGACAUCGGCAUUAGGAAUAUUUGACACAUUGACAAAAGAAACAACAACCCCGACUGACUUGAGAGCAAGUGAUGACUAAAUCGCUUGUGCUCUCUGGUUCCUCGUAGAAGACCGGCGGACAUUUGGGCAUUGAGGUUGUUGGCUCAUGAUUCACGUAUUGAUUAUAUAGCAGUUAUUCAUUUACUUUUUUUUUUCUUUGCUCCCUUUUCUCUGUCAUCAGCUACGAUUUUGGCAUCUCCAACACUUCUAUUUGUGUGUCAUCAAUGUCUUGAUGAUGUUGGACAAACAUCUAUUUAAUUAAACGGAGUGACGGGAGACUGAUCACUGCGUGAUCUAAAAUGACAUAAGGAUUCAUGAAGUGAGGAACUGAUGGAUGUUUAACUCAUUGGCUUCCAUUGACGGUGAUAUAUGUUCAAUCCAUUUGAAUGCUAGCCCUCCAGUUCAAAUGGAUUGGACGUCGAUGAGUGACAAACUUUUAAAUCCACAGCUGAAAUGUAAAAAGAGCCACAUGACUGGUCAUCUGUCAUCAUCGAUGGCACAGAAAAAGUUGCCUAAUCACAAAAUAUCUCAUUUUUAUGAUGAGUAUUUUUCCCAUGAUUAUACUAACUAAGAGCCUAAUAUAAAACAAAAGUUAUUUCAUUUGAUUCAGUUUACCUUAGCUGCAGAUUUUGGUUUGGUUGGUCUACUAACAAAGUGGGCACCUAACACCUCAUAACUAAAUGGACUAAAGCCAGGUACACACAUUACUGAUUAAAAAAAAAAGUUUUGACAGCUGUUUUUAACUAAUAUUUGGGUGCAGAAUCCAAAACUGAUCUUAGUUGUUCUCGAUCAUGUCAAGUUUUUUUUCUCCACAGCUUACCUGCUUACUAUAUUGUUACUACUUGCACACAACUACUAUAUCCUUUGUAAAAACAUAAUAAUGAACUUUUCAGGCAUGCGUGUAGUUCAAAAAGGACAUGAUAGGGAAGAAAAAUUAAUGUGAUUUGUUACAAACAGCUGUGAGACCUAAAUCACCCCCCACCCCCACCCCAAAAUGUGUCUCCUAGUGUAAUUGGAUUGAAUUUGAACCGUAUUUCCCCCUUUUAUGACGAAAGUCAGUAGAGUCCGAUUGUCCUAUCAAGGUUGCAAUUACCUGCCCAAUCAAUCAGUUCAGACAACAAUUGGGGGCAAAUAACAUUAAUGUUAAAGCUGUUUAAUAUUUACUACAACUCAAGGUGUAGUGGAGAUUUCUGUCACUUGCGAUCAAAGUAAGCAAAGGACUGGUUGUCGUAUGCCAUGGAAAGAUUAUCCAGACUGAUUAUCCUGACGUGUGGGAUGUUUUUUUUUCCUCUCUGAUCAAAACCUGCUCAAUAUUUGCAAUGUCAAAUCUACAUUUGUGGUCAAAUGAGGACGAUGUAAGACGUACGUUGUAACUCAUCUUUGAUACACUAUAAGCACAAACUUACACAAACUGAUUUUUGAUAAAAAUUGGUCCAUCUGGACCCUUUUUAAGGUACGAAUCUGUUAUGCAUUCUUGAACCUUUGAAUUAAAAUACAUGAGUUCAUUCAUUUAGUAAGUGGCUUUCAUCCCAAACACGUAUUUGUACAAAACAUGAACUCCAUUACAUUUUAAAAGUCACCUUUUCACAGCACUAGCAAUUGAUUUGUAUUCAUAAUAUAUGCGUGAACGCUCUCCUAAAAUUAGAAUGUAUAUUCUUAUUUAAACAAGCAAAGGUGUGCCUUUUAAGGGUUGUUUGUACAUAAACAUGUAAUAAACUUUGUUAACUUUUAA